UGAAGGCAGUGCCGAGGACUUUUACUUGUUGAUUCCAUCCCAACUAUGACCUCACAACAACUUUGAUUUUUGGGAGAAAGAGUCUAUGAGGAGUUAAGCAGCAUGAUCGCAUCUUGUGAUGAAUCACAUGUAGAAGGGAACGGGAAAAAACAUUUGGAAAGUAAUGGACCUACUGGGAAAGUUAAGGGAACGAACUGCAGUGUUUCUGCGGGGAACAAGACCAUCUGUCGGUCGGUCGCACCCGUGAUCGCACCUGCGUCUACCUGUCAGCGCAUCUCUCUACCAGGUGUGAUGGACGAGGAGGGCAGAGUGGACGAGUCCAGACUCAGGAUGUAUAUAUUUAAAAACGGUGGUGUGUCGCCUGAGGAACGGGGUCAGGUAUGGCGCUUUCUGUUUGGGAUGUAUCCCUGCAGCUCAACAGCUCUGGAGCGCCCCCUAUUGCUGGAGCAGAUGGCAGUGCGCUAUCAGGCCAUGAAGAGGAAAUGGCAACAGCUGCUUCCUGGAGCCGUUUGCCUGCGUCUCAAUGGCACAGAUGGGGAACUCUUGACAGCUGUGAAAUAUUUUGAUCAGAGGCAGGACAGAGAGCGCAAUCGGCAGCAGUACCGGUCAGAAGAGGUCAAAGAGAGGUUGUCUUUUUUGGAGCUGCAGGCUCAGGUGCUGUUUGAACGGGUAACCUUCGACCUGGAAGAGCUUCAGGAGGCCAUACGCAUUAUUGACAAGGAUGUUCCCCGAACGGACAGAGAUCUGCCUUACUAUCGGAAUGAAGGCUUGGGAAACCUACUUGUGUUAAGAGAUAUCCUGAUCACAUUUGCUGCUUUUCAUCCAGAAGUGAGUUACGCUCAGGGUAUGAAUGACCUGUGCAGCCGCUUUCUGGAGGUACUGGACUCAGAAGUAGACACAUACUGGAGUUUCUCCUGUUACAUGGAGAAGUUUUCCAAAGACUUCUGUGCUGAUGGACUGUAUCGCAAAAUGGAGUUGGAGGCUGCUUUACUAAAGGAACUGGAUCCUCAGCUGCAUUCUCAUCUGGUCACAGAUAACAUGGAUAGACUCACAUUCUGUCACAGGUGGCUGCUGUUGGGUUUCCAGCGUGAGUUUCAACACAGCGAUGCUCUGCGUCUAUUUGAAAUUCUCAGCUGUGAUCACCUGGAGCUCAUCUCACAGCAGGUGGAUCGAGCUCGAUAUCGGGAGAGACUGGCGCGAAAACACAGCCUGGAGGAUGAACCUUUGACGGAAGCUCAGGCAGUCAACACAGACUUCACCUUUGAACUCUUCAUGUGUGCUACUAUCCUGCUGGAAAACAGAGAUACUCUACUGAACUGCAGGAAUGAGGUGCAGCUCAUUCAGUUUACAAGCAGUCUGCAGGGCAAGUUGGACCUGAACAGCACCUUACAAAAAGCUGAGGAACAUUUUUAUAACUACUGCAAACGCUCAGCUUGGGACUAUUUGAGCGCUCGCUAUCGCUUGCGCAGAAGCAAAGAGGACAACUUCUUAUAUCAACUCCGUAACCUUUUCUCCUGAGACCAAAAGGCCUGCAUGGAAUUUUUCUGGGAAAGGUGUUGUUGACUGAUACUCAUGAAACUCAGGGUCUUGGGCUUUGUGCUCCCAUGGGACCAUCUGAUUUUAUUCUGAAGAAUGAUGCUGCUUUUAGCUGGGUAUUGAUUCAGGAAUAAUUCAAGGAUGAAGGAUUUUCCAUUCCAAACCAUUUCAGUUUCUUCUAAGAUGAUUGUUGGAUCUCAGUUUAUGAGCCUUCUAUUAUGGUGUCAGGGUUUAGUUCUCCAACAAAUGAAAAUUCACUUAUUAUUUACUCACCCUCAUGUUGUUCCAAACCCAUAUGCUCUUGUUUUUUGUUUUGUUUUUCCGUGGAAUACAAAAAGGAGAAAUUUUGAAGAAUCGUUACACAGCUCUUUUUUAUACUGCAACAAUUUAUUGUGACCGCAACUGUCAAGCUCCAAAAGAAAAACAAAAAACAAAACAAAAAAAAAACACUACAUGUACCAUAUAGUUAGUCCAAAUGGCUUUAAUUUAUUCACUGAAAGUCUUCCAUUCCGCCAAAGCUUUUCAAUCUCAUUCAGUAUGUGUCUGAUUCAAAGAUUGAGCAUUGACAUGUCACGCCAGGUUUGAAGCUAUUGGUUCUUGUACGUGAACUUUUAUGGUGUUUUGUUUAGCACUUUUUGUUGUCUUCCAAAUAAUAGCAUGCAGGUUUGAAAUGACUUGAGGGUGAAUAAAUAAAUGACAGAAUUUUCAUUUUAGCUUGAACUAUUCCUUUUAAGAAAUAAGACACUUACUUGAUUACUUUAAAUACUUCACCACCAUAGUUUUAAUUACCUUUUACCCUCAUUGUGCUUGAAAAUAUAGGUAGCAUUUUGGAAUAAUUUUUUUUAUUAUUUUUUUUAUUCUUUUGGUAUCACUCAACACUUGAUUAAGCCCAUUGACUGCAGAUAUGCUUCAUUUGUUACAGUGAAGCAUGCAAUAUCAGACUUGGCAACACAGGGAAUAGAAAUUCUACUGCUAAUCUAAGCAGGACCUGACCUGUGAGUAUUAUUCAAUCUCACAAGUAUCAAGUGCUGGCUUAUGUAUAGGCCACAUUAGAACACAAUAUAAUAAUAAACACUUGCUGUUCAGAUGUAAAGUUCUAGAAGACCCUCUGUAGUGUUCCAUGACCAAAUGUAAAGAGUUCUCAAAUUUCAACUCAUCAGAAAUAGCUUAUUGAGGGGUUGGGGGUGACACCAGGACCCCCUUUACCCUGAGUCUGUACCCUUGUUUUAAUAUGUAAAGGCCACGAAAUAUAAGUGUACAUGGGUAUGUGGAAUAUUAUACAAAUAAUGUCACUUUUAAAUAGGAUGCAAUGGUUAAAUCAUUUCUUAAAUGUAUAUUUGGUUAUUAUGAACUGACAAAAUAUGACACUACUUAUUCAGAGAGUGAGUGCUGUUAAAGUGUGUUUUCUACAGAAUGACCGAUCAACACUUCGGGGAUCGGGGACUGUUAUUUUAAUGCAACCCACAGAUUUUUGGAUUAUACUUUGAAGUUUGCACAUCAUUUUAUGGUGUUUUAAAUGAAUGUUUAGGGUUCAAUACAAGUUAUGUUCAAUCGACAGCAUUUGUAGCAUAAUGUUUUUUUUUUUUUUUUUGACUUGUCCCUUGUUUAUUUAAAGAAAAAGAAAAAAUUGUGCUUACAAUAAGGCACUUAUAAUGGAAGUCAAUGGGGUCAGUCCAUAAACGUUAAUAAACACACUGUUAAAAGCAUAGCCACAAGAUGUAAACAUUAUACAUGUUUACAUGAUAUUAGAGUUAUAAUAUUUAUUUUCUGCAUUAUGUUAGUGUGAUAAAAUUGCUCACAGGGUUUAAACAUAGGGUUGCAUUGUCAUGGCAACACUUCGUCCCAUCACUUUCAUUGUGAAUGCCUUUCUAUAACAGCAAUUUUUGCUUUUUAUUUAUUUCUAUUUUUAUAUAAACAAGGGACAAGUCUAUAUAAUUAUUUUGUGGUAAUCAAUAUUUUGCCACAAAUGAUAUUGAGCCUAACUUGAAUUGAACCUAGAACAUUACUUAAAUUAAUGCAGCAAGAGUUAAAAGCAAUGUUAAAUAAAGUGUUUGAAUCCCAGACUGCUUUUCUUUCUUUA